AUGUCCGGGCCAGGCGAGAAGCAAUCCGAACAUCAACAGGAGCACACUCCCGUACCUCCUCCGAAAGUACUUGGGCACGUGGACGCGCACCAACCACCUCUCUUUGUGUUCGGUACGCCCGACAUAGGAAGGUACGGCCUGAGCCUCUGCCUGCAUAGGCGAGGCAAUCGGUGGUACAUCGUCUGGGGGCGCGGGUAUGGCAUGGCCGUCAACCGCUGGGUCGCCUCGCUCAACAGCCCGCGACGCUCCGACCCGCCCACGACGGCACCCCCCAAAGGACUCGAGCACCUGAACCACAGGUUCUGGUUCAACCCUACCCAGGACCCUGAGAAGCUCCUGCAGGACCUGCUGGCCGCUGACAAGCCCGUCAUCAAGCUGACAGGAAACUCAAGGAGGGAGAAAUGGGCAGGCGACCCCACGGGGCGGACGGAGAUCGAUGCGAAGCAGGUCGAGGUCCUGGUGCCUGACGACCAGCUGAGCAGACGGUGCGCAUUUUGCGGGAGCUGGGAGAAUACCGGCGACCCGCGCUGGUGCAAAGUAGAGGAUGGGGAGGACCCCGUCUAUUGGUGCUCGGCAUGCGAUCGCAACAAGUCUCUCUGGUCCAAGAUAUCCGAUUUAUUUACCAGCAUCCCCGAUGACCGCUACUUUUGA